AUGGCUGCGAUACAUUCUCUUCUCAACCCGGUCAACGACGGAGAAAACUACGACAGUACCAACGACAGCCGGGACGAGGUGUCUGCCCACGACAGCCAAGCCUCAGUAGCAUCUGACACGGUUGGAAAUGGACCGGACAAACGCAUUCGAAAGAAGCAGAAGAUGUGCAAAGACGCUGCAGUCUUCAAGCCGGGGGUUAUCAAGGGGGAGUGUCGAUACCCACCCGACGAGUAUCAAGACGAGCUGCUUGAGGCCAAACAUCAGAUGUACGAAGUCUACCCGAUGGGUGACAUAGCAACAUACCCACGACACAUCCCCUACAACAGUGAGAAGAAGUUGUUUUGGGACAAGACAGGCCGGGAGAGCUUUGAAGUAUUCCAAUAUCAGUUCAAGAUACCAGGAGAGUCAAACACAUACACAAUGCUGUGGGACUACAACAUUGGCCUAGUCCGUACCACGCCAUUGUUCAAGUGCGGAAACUAUUCAAAGACAACACCCGCGAAGAUGCUGAGCAGGAAUCCCGGAUUGAAAGAACUCUGCCACAGUAUCACUGGAGGAGCUCUUGUUGCACAAGGCUACUGGAUUCCCUUCGAUGCGGCCAAGGCAAUGGCUGCCACCUUUUGCUGGAACAUUCGCUAUGCACUGACGCCGGUGUUUGGAAAGGACUUCCCCAAGAUCUGUCUGUCUCCUGACGCAGAGAACUUUGGCUCCAUGCAGAUUGAUCCAGAGAUCACCAAACGCUGUGCUCUACAAGUUCGACAAUACCGUGAACUUGAGAGCUUGAUCACAACUGGACCAUCAUCGGGCAUGUCCAGUCCUCAGACACCGCAGACGCCUCAAGUUCGUCCUCAACUCAGAAUGAUCUUGCCCAAGCCAUAUAAAGAGACUGAUACCACGAGUGACUACUCGACGGACACGAGUCGUGAGGACAAGUAUGAAUUGUCUUCUCCCUCACCGCAAAUUGCUUUUACCAACCCUUGGUCUGCGGUCAACACUCCUCGUUCUCCUUCGCCCAAAAUCUCUUUCAAUAAUCCAUGGUCGCCAUCUAGCACUACUCGGUCGUCUUCGCCGUACGGGACAUCUCGCAAAGGUCGGCUGGCUGCCAAUAUCCCGAGAUCGCAUCCCCCUCUUGACCUGUUGCCACCUCCUCGGAGGCCGUUGUUCUCCAACAAUAUACCAAGUGGUGUCGGGGCAGAAGAUUCGGCUCUCGAUAUGUCACCCAGAUCGGCUGUGCAAGCCAUGGAUGUUGAUGAAGACUAUGAUGGAGGUUCAGAUGACUCUGAUGAUGCAAAGGAGAAGAACACUGUGAUGGCAAGGAAGAAGUCCUCAAGGGGAUUUACUGACACCAAGGCUGCCUAUGUGUUGAUGAAGCUGAAGACGCAGGGAGAGGUAUUCCAGGCAAAAGAGAAGUGCUUGAAGCGUCGAGCUUCUGCGUAA